AUCAAAUGGGUUUGUUUCAGGUUUGUUUUCGUCGCCCUGUCAAACGGCUCACAUUUCAGGUGAACUAUGCUGACCGCUGCCCGAGUUGCUAGAAGAUCCGUGGUGUUCCUACGAAGCAUGACUACGUCUCACGUCGAUUUAGGACACCAACAGGCCACGGUGGUCAUCCUGCCCAGUGCUCUGGCAAAUGACUUCGAAGCAUUCUGCUCAAGGAACCCCGCCGCCUUGUCACUGCUUUAUCGCAGCCAACCAGGAGAGACAUCUUGCCUUCCAAUAGCCUCCAAUGUUGAUACACGGAGCUAUAUUUCCCAGUACUGUGUGUUUGAGAAUGGCCGUCUGCAGAAGACUGUCCCCAGUCUGAAAGGUUUCGGCGAUGAUUCAAGAGCUGGAGCAGACACUGGGGUGGUGCGGUCAGAGGGGCCGGGGGCCUGCUGGCCAGACAUGGUGUUCUUCUACCUGGGCAGCAGUUUUGGUUUUGAGGCCCGUCUCAGGGAAGCAGGAGUUCCUGACCGGAAUGUGGAGCAAGGCAAGAACGGCAUGUACAAGACUGCAGUCCCCUGUGUUCCAGUGGGAGUGUUUGACUGCCCCCUGGUGGUCACCAUGCGUCCGGUUCCUGCUGACAUGGUGACCACUGCUGCGAAAAUAACACACCUCAACCCACACGCCCACGGAGCUCCUAUACACAUAGGAGACCCAGCUCUCCUAGGCAUACGAGACCUCUCCCGGCCAGACUAUGGGGACCCAGUAGAACGCCACGCUGGUGAUGUGCCAGUCUUCUGGGCCUGUGGAGUCACCGCCGUAGAAGCAAUACGCAACAGCAAACCUCCUCUGGCCUUCAGCCACUCUCCAGGCAGUAUGUUCCUGACAGAUAUCCCAGACACCCCCCUUCCAACGUCCCAGCUGAGCCCAUGCUGCUUCCUGAUCUCCCAGGAUCCCUUGCUGUACAGCCUGGCUUCAGAGGGGGCUGUGGGGAAGAUAAGGCAGCUGGAGAAGGUGAUUGGAGAAGACCCAGGUAAUCGCGGCAUCGAGGCUCUUUUUGUGCAGGAUGAACUUUUGCGUUCCUGUCUUGCCCUUUCCCACUCUACCUCUGUUGCCAUAACAACUGGUUUCCCCACACACUACAUGCACAGCCCACCUGAUGAGACGGACGGCCCACCGGGGGCCCUCGCCAUGGCAACCAUGUUGAUUGCACUCGGCAAACAGGUCACCAUGGUAACGGACAAGAGAGCUGUGCAGCUGAACCAGGAGCUGUUGGAGGAAGCUGUGAGGACAGGUGUUUUGAAAACCACAAUCCCAUUGGUCACUUUUGAAGACAACGGGCACGACUCCGCCCUCCACUUCCUGUGUCACGAAGGAGACCCCACAAAGCCCAGGUUUGACCACUUGGUGGCGAUAGAGCGCAGCGGUCGGGCAGCAGAUGGAAACUACUACAACAUGCGGGGGGCCAACAUCAAGCAUCUGGUGGACCCCAUCGACGACCUGUUUGUAGCCGCUGCGGACCUACCUGGAAUCACUACUAUAGGUAUUGGUGAUGGUGGUAAUGAGUUGGGGAUGGGCAAGGUUAAGGAGAAGGUGAAGGCCCUGAUGCCAAAUGGGAGCCUGGUAGCAUGUGAUGUGGCAGCUGACUACGCAAUUACGGCUGGAGUGUCCAACUGGGGGGGGUACGCGGUGGCCUGCGCCCUGUACCUCCUCUACACCUGCCCCACCCACCAGCGUUACCUACGCAGAGGAACCGAACCAGCAACUUCCCCCGGACUGCUGGACAAUCUACUCACCUCCCUGCCCUCUGUGGACAAAGAGGAGGCGGUGUUGUCCAGCCUGGUGCGGUUAGGAGUGCGUAGCGGCGGGACUGGUAACUUGGCCAUGGAGGUGGACGCUCUGCCCUUUCACCCCACUCACUCUGACCUCGUCAGCAGGCUUGUGGCGCUCACGCUAGACUCAGGCGCCACCGGCACGCCCUGAACGCCUCCCAACACCCUCAAGCAGCAAGAAGUACGUUUAAAGGCAAUGUCAUGUUUUGAAUAUAUUCUGAGGCACCUCCCCGGUUCUUCAACAGUCAUUGUCUCACGUUUUCUGAUUGAAAAUGAUAACUCUACUUCUUUUAAAAUGACUGAAGGAAACCGCUUUCUUGGUUUGGUUUAUCCAGAAUCUGAGCUCAAUAUGCGAUCAGGUUUAAGUCAACUGUCCGCUACGUUAAAUCAGAAGUAGUCUUGUCUUCAAUGUUAAUGAUUGUUUAAUACUGUUUUAUCAUUUUGACUGUUAG